UGCAAAGCGUCACUCUCGCCUUCACACCCCUCUUCUGCCUCUUCGAUGCGCGUAAGCCAUGCACAAGUCACACCAUCACCACUACCACCACCACUCUAAUAUAUAUUAUUUUUAGUUCUUUUCCUUCUUUCCUUCUUCAACGAUUCAACAACAAUCCUCCUCAGAGAAAAGUUAUAUGUUAUAUUAUGAGAACCAAAGUAGAAGAGAGGUUUACUGAGUUUUUUGAGAAGUGGAUAUCUCAACUCAGUGAGUUUCUGCAAUUACUAAUGGAAGUUUCAUCUGAGGAUAAUAAAGAGCAGCAAGAGGUACAGCUGCAACUACAAGAUUUGGUUUCAAAAGUAACGCAACAUUACAAAGAAUACUACACGAUAAAAUGGGCUUUAGCUCGUGAAGAUGUUCUUGCUUUUUUUUCUCCUAUAUGGGUUACUCCUUUAGAAAAUGCAUAUUCAUGGAUCACUGGGUGGAAACCUUCUGCAGUUUUUAAACUGGUUGACUCAAUGAGAACGAGUCGAGUUCCUGGUCCAAGUCUGACCGAGCUGACACAAGAACAGGUAGGACAGAUUCAAGAGUUAAGGGUGAAAAUAAGAUUAGAAGAGGAGAAGGUGGAGAGAGAAAUGGAGAGGCAACAGGUAGCUAUAGCAGACAGGAAAAUGAUCGAGUUGCUUAGGCUCGUGGUACGAGUAAAGAAUGGUGAGCAAGUGAGUCUGCAAGUGGAGGGACGGGUGCAAGUGGCAUUGAAAGGAGUAAUGGGUGGAUUAGAAAAGGUUAUGAAAGCAGCAGAUUGUGUGAGGCUUAGGACUUUGAAAGGAUUGUUGGAUCUUUUGAACCCGUUCCAGUGUGUAGAAUUUUUGGCCGGGAUUUGUAUGCUUCAAAUUCAGAUAAGCCAAUCGGGAAAGAAAUGAGAUUUGUAGUGUUACUAUUACCAACUUUUAGAUUGCUGUAUCCUGUAGUGUUUUCUUCUCUAGGGUUUUAGUUUUUUAAUUAGCAAGUUUUGGUUUUAUUUUUUCGAUUUGUUUAAUUAAUUUUUGUUUUAUCUUGUUUUGUUAUUAUC